AGAUAGCUAAAUUUUAAGAGCUAGAUCACCGAAUAAAGAGCGAUAAAAAAAAAUAAGUAGAAGUUUUUUCGGGUAAGAGAGUAAAAUGGAGGGAGGCAAGCAAUAUUUGUACCCUCUAAUGGCUCUAUUAGUUGCCCUUGUGGUUUGUUCGAUGAUCGGAAAUGUAGACGGGGCGGUGUCCGUGCCUCGGUAUACAUUGACCCGGCAAUACUACAAAAAGACUAACACUUGUGCUCAUGUUGAAGCAUAUGUGAAACAUAACGUCAAGGUGUUUUGGGAUCAAGAUAAAAGUAUUACUCCUAAACUUCUUCGCUUGCUCUACUCCGAUUGCAUGGUCACGGGAUGUGAUGGGUCAAUCCUUUUAGAUGGACCGAACUCUGAGAAAAAGGCACCACAAAAUAUAGGACUCGGAGGGUUUAUAUUCAUUGACAAGAUCAAGCAAGUCCUUGAAGCAAGAUGUCCAGGAGUCGUAUCUUGUUCUGACAUCCUUCAACUUGCUACUCGAGAUUCUGUCGCUUUGGCUGGUGGUCCAUCGUACCCAAUACUUACAGGAAGAAGGGAUGGGUUGUUUUCAAAGGCUUCAAGUGUGGACCUCCCUUCACCAAAUAUCUCAUGGGAAGAAGCUUUUGAAUAUUUCCAAGCUAGAGGUCUUGAUAUUCAAGACUUCACUACACUCUUAGGAGCACAUUCGACGGGGAGGGCAAGAUGUCGUUACAUACGCGACCGUCUAUACAACUUCCAAGGCAGAGGAACACCAGAUCCAACCCUAGACUCAUCGAGACUAAAGGAGUUAAGGAAGCAAUGUCCAGAGAAGUACAAGAAGGGAGAACACGAAACACUAGUUACCCUUAACAAGAACGGUGGAGAGUAUAGAUUCACAAACUCUUACUACAGUAACGUAAUGGCGAAGAAAGCUGUUCUUAGAAUUGAUCAACAACUCUUGUAUGGUAACGAAACGCAACAACUUAGUGAACAGUUUUCAGAUCCUGUUGAAGGAUUUGAAGACUUCAGGAAGUCUUUUGCGCUAUCUAUGAACAGGUUGGGGAACUACAAGGUCUUAACUGGACAACAAGGGGAGAUCAGGAACAACUGUCAUUUCACUAAUACUCAGUAAUAUUAUUAAUUAAUUUAUCCCUAUUCUUAAUUAACCAUUAAGCAUUAGUUAGGGAUCGAUUAUCUUCAUUCAACUUUUUUUGAGUUUUUUCUUUUCUUUUGUUAAUUAUUAUUAUUACAAUAUUGUAACUUAAUUUGUUUGAGUUUGUGCUUUUGAAGCUAGCUAAUGAAUAAAUCAGGACAACACUGUACAAUUUUAAAAUAAA